AUGGCCACCGCCGAAAAGACCCAACAGAAGCAGAAGCAGUUCCAAGUCCCUGACGAGGAGUCUGGUGAGGACUAUGAUAGCGCCGACGAUUACACGGACGAAGAUGACCAGAACCCUCCCGCUCAAAACAAUCAGCUACAACGUCGCCGUCGGCCACAGCAGCAACAACAAAAGGCCAAGCAGCAAGAUGAGCUCGACGAAUAUUCGGACGAAGAUGACUACUCGGACGAAUAUGAUGAUGAAUAUUCCGACGAUGAAGAAGUUAUGCAGCCCAGGAGGGCCAUGCAACCCUACAGUCAACGCACUAGUGACAUGAUUCCGGAGGGUGACUUUAACGUGAUUGACGAAAAGGCAAAGAGCAUCGAUGAAGAGGAAGGUAUGAAGUUGAAGAUUGAAUUGAAUCUGGAGAUUGAAGUGGAGCUCAAGGCCCGUAUCCAUGGUGACUUGACCCUGGCUCUGAUGUAA